UCUCCCCCAAGCCAAUUCACAGGAAAUCAAAAGCGUCGAAAGAUGGACGCGUUGAACAGGCAACGAACUUGACUAUUUUUUGCCUGUUGGCUCAAUUAUUCACAUAUCCUACGUAUCCGAAUCAAGGAUCACCGUUGGAAAGAGUAUCGCGCAUUGUCUUGCUGCAGUUAACUGUGAAAUAUUCAAUAUUUGACCUCGUAUUUCAGCCCGAUACCAUCUACCUUUCAAAAUGUCAGUCACAUUCGCUCAACGAGGUAGACCGCCGCCAAAUCCAGCCCAAAUACAAAAGAUGCUCGAUGAGAAUAGCCAUCUGAUUCAGACAAUUCAAGAGUACCAGAACAAAGGGAAACCUCAAGAAUGCGUUCAGUAUCAACAAGUCCUGCACCGGAAUUUAGUAUACUUGGCAUCAAUUGCAGAUGCAAAUCAGAAUAUACAGGCGUUACUUCCACCUCCUCAAGGCAUACCCAAUGGAGCUCAACAUCCAAUGAUGGGACCCCAAGGCCCCCCAGCUGGUCCUCCUGGAGCAGCUGGACCUGGAACGGAGAUACCACCCAAUUCACAACAGCCUUUGCCUAUGUCAGGAUUCAAUCAAGCCCAAACAAUGCCUCAAGGAGGAUAUCGUGGCCCUGUUAUCCCUGGUCAAGGACCUAACAUGAAUCGGCCGGCAUCGGUACCAGGGCCACAGCAGUACAGAGGUGGACCUCAGGGGUACCCACAACAGCCUAGUCCACAAGCGUAUCCAGGGCCUUAUUCAAAUCAGAAUCCGGCAGCUAAUUAUCAAGGACCUCAGGCUGCCGGAUAUACGCCAGGGCAGCCCAAUCAGUAUGCAUCGCCUAAUUCAUCCCAGCAACAAGGCUAUCCCGCUGCCAAUCAACCAAGCUAUGGACCACCCAAUACUGGAAAUAAUUAUGGACCGCAACCAGGAGGGUAUCCGCCACCUGGAGCAAAUCAACCUCCUGCUGGUUAUGGUUCCCCACUGCCUAGUCAACUAGGGUAUCCUCCACCUAACACUUCCCAGCAAAAUUUUCCAUCUGGAGCCCAAUCCCAACAGCCUGGACAGUAUGGCAGCCCCAGCCCUCAGCCGACAUAUCAACAACCACCAUCUCAACCCCCACAAAAUACCUACAAUUCAACUCAGCCUGGAAAUUAUCCGCCUCCAUCUCCACAAGGGUAUCCAAAUAAUGCUUCUUCUCAAAACUAUCCGCCUCCACCAACAUCAAGCGCUGCUCAACCGCCGCAAUCAGGCCCACAACAGAAUGCUGCCCCUCAAACUAGCUAUGGAAAUCAACCCAAUUCUGGUCCUGGUCCCGGUCCAAGCCCAUCCCAAUACGGUCCUACAUCGACUUCCCCGCCAUUCAGUACUCCCGCAGCCAGCGGGGUCAGUACCUACGCUCAGAGUAGUCAAUCCAUUAGCACGCCGUCUGUUGCUUCCACGCAAACAUACCCACCCAGUAGCGCCGCUCCAACCUCGCAGGGCGGCGGCAGUAGUGGCUACGCACCACCGGGACCCACUCCCUCUGGAUACCCCGUGCAUCAACCGCCUCAUCAAGGGACACAUCCCCCCUCGCACCCACCUCCCCAUCAGCCAUCCCAUCCACCUCCUCAUCAGUCGCCUCAUCAACCUUCGCAUCAGUCUCCUCAUCAACAGGCGCAUCAGCCAUCUUCCCAUCAAUCCCAGCAUCAACCACAGCACCAGCCAUCGCAACAAACGCAACAGCAAUCUCAAACUUCUCCACAACAACAACAACAACAACAACAACAACAACAACAACAACAACAACAACAACAACAACAGCAGCAGCAGCAGCAGCAGCAACAGCAGCAACAACAACAACAACAACAACAACAACAACAACAACAGCAGCAGCAGCAGCAACAGCAACAGCAGCAGCAGCAGGCACAACAACAGCAGCAGCCACCGAAUCUAACUCCGAGUGGCUUCCAACCACCAUCAGGACCUCCCCAAGGGCCUCCACCACCUUCCGGGCCGCCGCAACCUUCUAGUGGCUAUGGCCCACCUCAGUCGCAUCCUGCCACAACGCAAACUUAUGUCCCCUCAUCCCCUGGUGGACAACCCCAAGUAUAUUCACCACAUCCUGCGCAAGGUGGGCAGCAUUAUGGGCACCCGCAAUACCCACCUCAGGGUUAUCCUCCUCCUCCUGGAGGUCAAAGUUAUGGGCAAUAUCCGCCACGGCCACCAGCUGGACACAUGCCACCACCGCCUGGCCCACAAGGUCCUCCACCCCCUAAUCAAUAUGCAGGAUACGGUUACCAGCCUCCGCCUCAAUAAUAAUCAGACUGCUCAUUCCCCGAUAUGGUCUCCUUGAUUACUUGUGUCGAAUAUCUUUGAACGGUUAUCAUAAAAGGCAAUUUGUAGCACAUUUGUGGAGUGUACGUCUCAACUUAUCACAUCAUUUGUACAUAUGUAAUAAACUUUCUUUCCAGUUGAAAGGCAAUUUACCAAAAUUGACCUGAUUCGCAGGGUUGAAAAUAACGCAGUUCAUCAAUCAUGAUAAUACUAAGUAAUCGGAGCAGGUUGCACAUGGAUCAUAACAAAAGCCACUGAUGCCAAUCAUGGUUUAACGUACGCUAUGUAUAGUGUGAUUAAUAUCCAAUUUCAUGUAGUACAGUGUGAAAAAAACUAUACUAUUCUCAAUUUGUAGCAAUUAAAUUCUUAAUAAAACAUAAAAGAAAAAAGUAA